AAGAGGGGUAACAUACACAUUUAGUUAAUUUCCCACACCAAUAUUUGGCUUUCCAAUUUUCUCUUCCCUGUUUCUUGCUCUCAAAUAGAAGGUACUUAGUAGUUAGUAUGGAAGACCUGGAUUCGGUGUUCGUUUACCAUGAGGGAGAACACGAGUUAAGGCAGAAACUUAUGGAUGUAAGACAUGAACUUGAGAACAUGAAAAAUGUCAAGGCAGAAUUGCUCAAUCUGUUGAGCAUGGCAUACCAAGAGAGGGACGAAGCAAGGUGUCAGUUACAGAAGCUGAUGAAUCCAUUGCAAAACGUGUUUGACACCCACCAAAAUCGUCUCAUGUUCCCUUCUGCUAAAUCAAACUCAAGCAUAACAGAAUCUGACAAUAAUAGUUUCUCACACGGUUCCUCACAAGUGGAUUCCUUUUUUGACACAGUCUCUUCUCCAGAGUUUACAAACAUCAAUGCAGCUGACCCUAUUAACAUAAUGAGUUAUCUCAACCAGCAUGUGGUUCUUCAAGACUUCAAUUUCUCAGCACCUCAUGCUUUGAUGGUUCCUCCAGAAAAGCCAAUGAGUGAUGACACCGCGGGCGAUGCAGUUAUAGAUUGUCUUGCCAAAGAGAGAGGUUUGCCUCAAAAGGGUAAAUUACUUCAGGCUGUGAUAGAUGCUGGUCCAUUGCUCAAAUCAUUGCUCUUUGCAGGGCCACUUCCUACAUGGAGAAACCCCCCUCAUUUACAAAACAUCAAAGUUCCACCUCUAGCCAUCAAAAAAUGUGAUGCCACUUGCAUUGUGCCUAAUACUUUUGGAGAAAUUGGCAAUUCACUUCUGAAACCGAAGCUUCCACCCUUGCAUUAUUCAAAUGCUCCCUCCUCGUGUUCAGCUUCAAUGCUUAACUUUGCUGGUCAAACCACUGGUUCAUGGAACAACAAUGCAUGGCAGUUGAAUUCAACUCCUGGUGUCAGCAUCCAAGUCCCUUCAAGCAAGCGGCAGAGGCAUCAAUGAUUUUGAUGGAUUUUUAUUCUGAAGUCCAUUUUUUUUCAUAUGUAAAUGGAAUUACAGCGAUUGGUGUAAAUGGCACACCCUGCUUUUGAUUGAAGCAGCAUAGAUAGUCCAUUUGAAAGUAUAGGAAAAUUUAGACUUUUUGACUGCAAUAAUCAUCAAAUAGCAUUUUAUAUUGAAUUAAACCAGAAUUGCAAGGUUUUCUACUCUCUCAUCCAA